CAGUCUCAAGACGAUGAAAAAAAAUUAGAAGUGGUUAAAACAUAGAACAAUCAAAUCUUAUUCUUUGGCGAGUGCGUUUUACAUGAAAUUGAUGCCAAAAUUUUGAGAUUAAAGUCACUUAAGUCUAAAAACAACAAAAGCACAAAAGUAUUUUUAUCAACGUUAUUCUAAACCUCUGAAAAUUUCCUACUUUUGUUCUGCUUUAACAGCUAUGGACGUUUUCCGAGCCAUGGACAUUUUAAAACGGCAAAAUCCAGCAAAAAUAUUCAACAAAGUGUGGAUAUUUGCAGCUUUGAUCCACACAAUAACGGCGUCUUCUAGUGGGGUAGACUUGACCAUGGAGCCCAAUGCAACCGGAUGUGAAGUGGCAAAAGCAACGGUGCGUUUGAUCAAUGACUACUACAAAGCUGGCGGAUCCCUCUUGAAAUAUGAUCACAACUUCCUGCUAUACAGAAUAGCAUACUUGUACGACUAUGGACAGAACGGCAGUCUCCUACCAGAGAACGGAACCGGCAUGUGGGGAAUGACGAUGCAACAUUUUGAUGCGGCUCGAAGCUGGGCUACCACUGCGCUCAACCGAGUUGUGGACCCAGACGGCUUUCACAGUCUUCCCGAUGAAGAUUUGUUCAAGCCUAGGAUAGGGGCUCUUACUGCCUUCUUUCUCAUCCAGAAACAUGGUACAGUACCCGCGCAAUCGCAGACCGAGGAACAAUGGGACUACUGGGUGGAAAUGACUGGCCUCAAUGAUGAUGACGGGGCAAUGCGGGCACGUUUUCUGGACAAGUCUCAAAAACUUUUGAAUGGUUCGGACCAGGAAGUUGCCGAGUGCAUGAAAUGCAGCCAGCCACCUUCGGACAUUAUAUUCAUAUUCGAUGACAGCGGAAGUAUCGGAUCGGAUGGAUUUAAGAUUCAAGUGAAGUUCAUCCGAUCUGUGAUAACAUACCUGAAGAACAGUUUUGAUAGUGGAAACACCCAAUCAGCAAUUGUCGUAUUCGCCACUAAUCUAACAAGCACCACGCCCUAUAUGCAGGACUACUCCUCAAUUACAGCAUAUAUCGACAAAAUGAGUCACAAAUCAGGGAAUACAAACUUAGUAGCGGGUUUGCGGGAAGCAAGACGCAUAGUUUUAGUGGACCCCAAUAGCAGGGAAAACGACAGAUCUGUCAGGAAACUGGUCUUCUUCCUAACUGACGGUGCGGGCAACCAAGAGCAUCAUUUAUAUCCCAGUAUGACAGCACAACUUAAAAAUGUGACCGAUGGCCUUGUGGUGUAUUCGAUUGGGAUGACGUCGGGAGCAAUCUACGAUCAGCUACUUCUAGCGGCCACAUCAGAGGAUUAUGUCCGACAAUACAGUGACUUCAAUCAGUUUAACAACGAAAUACCAGCUAUACUAUAUGAUACAUGUGAAAUAUCCGUGGACCCAAUCAAUGCUGAAGUAGCCGAUAUAUUUGAGAUGCUUAAUCUUCAACUUGGCGAGGCGAGAGUUGUUCAGAUAACCUACCCCAUGACAGACACUGUGCUGUUGCUGGACUUCAAACCAGCAGCAAAGCUGAAAGGCAACGCAGAAUUGGUCGUAUAUGUAAAGUGUGAUGGUUCCAAUCCUAGCACGGUUUUCCAUGAUUACACUCAAAAGAUAACGUUCGAAAAAGAUGGCACAGCUCCAGUACAACUAGCAACUGGCUUCUGCAAAAAAAUCUCUCCGACCAAUGGUGGAAAGCUCCGAAGAUCUGCUGAUGGCGGAUCCAAUGCGACGCUUGACUCUGGGAUCAUCACUCUUAGUGUGGAGUUUCUAAGCACAACUGACAACUGCUCUAUUUGCACGAUCGAUCUGGUUUUGAACAUGUCAACUGUUGAUGCCGACACCUGGUUUGAACAGUUUGUCGAUAUUGUCGAAGAAACUGGCUCCAAAUGGCUCUGGCUGUUGGCAACCAUAUUCGGCAUCGUGUUCUUCAUGGUGCUAUCUUUCAUCGCAGGCUACGUAUGCCUCCAGAAGUGGAUUCAGUUCAAGGAAACAAACCGACAAAUCGACAUUUAUGACGAGAGAACAAUGAAGGAAAUGGAGAAGUAUGACGGGAUAACUCCACUGCCUAUGUACGAUUUCACGCCAAGCUACGCCAUGGGAUGGGGAGCCAACAAAAGACACAUUUCAGGAUCAGAUUGGGUUCACGCGAAUGCGUUCAACUAACCGCCUCGCCGGUCUCCAGUGAUGUCUCAAAGCAAGCGAUGUCUCAAAACAACUGGUGACGUCUCAGCUCCAUCAGAAUUAAAAACUUUUGAUAUUUUAUGAAAAGCGUUUCCGGACU